AAAAGCAAAAAAAAACACAGUGGUUCACCUUGAAAUCACACACACUAAAAACAAAACCAAAAUAAAGUUGGACCCUAAAAGGUCCAGUUAGGUUUUAUCGGGUUCAAAGCCCAAUUCUUCUCUCUCUCUCUCUUCUCUCUCUUUCUCUUCCGCCGCCGAAACCCUAGAUCUGCUUCGCCGGCGAAGCCCAAAAGCUCCGUUGACCCGGAUCCGAUUUACUCAAACGGAGCUUUUUCACCCUAUUAAGUGAAAAAUUCGGCUAGAUAUCUGAGAGUGCUGCAGAUAGGAUGGCAACCCCAGAAACCCCUGUUACUCCGGCAACUCCCACCGAAAACCAUGAGAUGGUCCAUGAACGUGAGAUGAUACCUGAACAUGAAAUGGUCCAUGAACACGAGAUGGGCCAUGAACACGAGAUGGGCCAUGAACACGAGAUGGGCCAUGAACACGAGAUGGGCCAUGAACAUGAGAUGGGCCAUGAACACGAGAUGAUCCAUGAACAUGAGAUGGUUGAACAUGAUAUAGUACUUGGCAAUGAGAUAGUCCCAGGAAAUGGAAUGGUUCCGGACUAUGAGAUGAUUCCAGGAAAUGAGAUGGUUCUUGCUGAUCCAGAACCCAACAAUGUUGAAACACCUCCAAGCAACACAGAAACCCAACCUGGUAAGCGUAGGAAAAAGAAAUCGAUAGUUUGGGAGCACUUCACCAUUGAAACUGUUGCUGUUGGGACUAGAAGGGCCCAAUGUAAGCAGUGCAAGCAAUCGUUUGCAUAUAGUACCGGGACAAAAGUAGCAGGCACUAGUCAUCUGAAGCGCCAUAUUGCCAAAGGAUCAUGUCCAGUAGUUCUGCGUAAUCAGCAGAAUGAUCAGUUGACCCCAUAUAGUGCACCUUCUAAGAUGACUGGAUAUGGGGGUAGUAAUGGUGCACCUAAACGACGUUAUCGAACUGCUUCUACUCCUUACGUUGCAUUUGAUCCAGACCGGUGCCGCCAGGAAAUCUCUAAGAUGAUCAUCAUGCACGACUAUCCCCUUCACAUGGUCGAGCAUACAGGAUUUCUUACUUUUGUUCAGAAUCUUCAACCUCGUUUUGAUAUGGUGAGCUUCAAUACUGUGCAAGGAGAUUGUGUGGCAACUUAUCUUAGGGAAAAGCAAGCCAUUCAGAAGGUGAUUGAUGGAGUCCCUGGGUGGAUCUGCUUAACACUUGAUAUGUGGUCCUCGCGUCACACUGUUGGGUAUGUGUUCAUAACUGGGCAGUAUAUUGACAGUGAGUGGAAAAUACAUAGAAAAAUACUCAAUGUCAUAAUGGAACCAUAUCCUGAUUCUGAGACAGCUUUCAGCCACGCUGUUGCUGCGUGCCUUUCUGACUGGAGUAUGGAAGGUAAGCUAUUCUCUGUCACCAUUAAUCAACCGCUGGGUGAUGCUGCUGUUGAUAAUCUCAGAGCUUUACUCUCCGUGAAGAACCCGCUAGUGCUUAAUGGUCAGUUGUUGGUUGGAAAUUGUCUUGCUCGAACUUUAAGCAGCAUUGCCCAAUAUGCGUUUAAUUUUGUGCAUGGA